AUGAGGAGCUGCGCCCGGCCGGCCCCCCGCGACGGCGACGAGGAGCUGCGCCCGGCCGGCCCCCCUCGUCGCGCGCCCGGCCGCCCCCCCGCGACGGCCGGCUGCAACGCCGCCGGCGCCGAGCCCCUGGCCCGUAGUGGUAGUGCUACUGCUAGUGGUAGUGUGGGAUCUGGAUCCAGAGAAGCAACUGAUAUCAAGGCUCCGCUGUGGGAUCAUGUCACCAUUCUAGAGAGGCCUAAAGCUGGUGGAGGAAAUGCUUUAUGGAGAUGCAACUAUUGUCCAUUGGAAAAAAGCAGCAGCUACACUAGAGUUGAAGCUCAUUUGCUGCAGAAAUCAGGGAAGGGGAUUAGCAAAUGUCCGAAGGUUUCACAUGAAAUGCUGAGUGAGAUGAGGAGGGAAGUGGAAAGGUGCAAGGAGCUGGUGGAAAGAGCAAAGACACGCACCGUUGCUUUGCCUGUAGCUCCUUCUUCAGCCAAUUACAACAAGAAGAACAAGAGGGGACCUGCUUCUAUGUUGGAAAAAUCUUGGGCAUUGCAAGACCGCAAGCACUUGGAUGCUUUAAUUGUUAGAGCAAUGUAUUCUGGAGGGAUAUCUUUCAACUUUUUGAGAAACCCAUAUUUUAGAGAAGCUUUUGCAUUUGCUUGCAGCCACAAUUUGCAAGGUUACACAAUCCCUGGGUAUAACAUGGCUAGGGAAUCACUCCUGAAGCAAGAAAGAAGGCACAUAGAGACUCUAUUGGAGAGUACAAAGAGCACAUGGCCAGAGAAAGGGGUCACAAUCUGCAGUGAUGGUUGGUCAGAUCCUCAGAGGAGGCCAAUCAUCAACUUCAUUGCUGUUUCUGAGAAAGCUCCAAUGUUUUUGAGGGCUGACAAUUGUGAUGGAGAAUACAAGUCAAAAGAAUAUAUUGCUGAGAAGUUGAGGGCUAUUAUUGAUGAAGUAGGUCGACAAAAUGUGGUACAAAUCAUCACAGAUAAUGCUGCAAACUGCAAAGGUGCGGGUCUUUUAAUUGAAGCUGAAAAUGAUCACAUAUUUUGGACACCUUGUGUAGUGCAUACUCUCAACCUUGCUAUGAAAAAUAUAUGUGAACCUAAACUGCCAAGGACACCUACUGAUGAGGAUAUGCAUGUUUGGGGACAACUAGAAUUUAUACAUGAUGUUAAAGUUGAGGCUAGUAUGAUCAAGAAUUUCAUAAUGAAUCAUGGCAUGCGUCUUUCCAUGUUCAAUGAGUUCAGCCAUUUGAAGUUGCUUUCUAUUGCUGAAACAAGAUUUGCAUCGGUUGUGUGUAUGCUAAAACGGUUUGUUGAGGUAAAAGCAGCUCUCCAACAUAUGGUGAUUAGUGACAAAUGA